AUGGGACCGUCGGCCAAGCCCACCUCGCCUGGCCAACCCUCAACUCCCUCGCGUCAAACGGUAAAGGAGAAGGUUUUGAGUCUCUUCGGCAAGAAGGAUAAGUUGAAGGACUACCAGAGUUAUGGUCCCGAAGGCCCUCGGUAUGGCCCCGGAGAUCGGGGCAGAGCCAUUGGCAAGGACGGCAAAGUAGAAAUUGACCCAAUGCCGUAA